ACACAAAGACGCCGCUCCUUCUAAAGAACACCAGGCUUCUAUCUAGCAGCAUUUUGGAUAUAUAUAACAGUGACCAGGGAACGGCACCAGCUAAUAUGGGUCUCACAAAUGCUUCUUGCCCAGCUAAUCUACCAGUAAAAAGGGAACUCACAGAAGCAGAUACACGAGCAAUGGCAAAGGAGAGACAAAAAAAGGAUAACCACAAUCUCAUUGAGAGAAGAAGAAGGUACAAUAUUAAUUACCGAAUCAAGGAGCUUGGCACACUCAUCCCCAAGUCUAAUGAUCCUGAUAUGCGCUGGAACAAAGGAACUAUUUUAAAAGCAUCAGUGGAGUACAUCAAGUGGCUACAAAAAGAACAACAGAGAGCCAGAGAAUUAGAACACAGGCAGAAGAAAUUAGAGCAUGCUAACAGAAGACUUCUACUCCGAAUUCAGGAAUUAGAAAUCCAGGCACGUGCACACGGCCUUCCGGUCAUGUCUUCACUCAGUGCUGUCGAUUUAGCUGCACAGGUCAUCAAGCAACAGUCUUAUCCCGAGGAGAACUCUGUAGACUACUCUCAACAAAUGCCUCUGGCACAUGGACCAAACUCUGAUGUCUGUGAUGGAUCUACAGCCUUUUCUGAUCCACUUUCACACUUCACGGAUUUGUCCUUCAGCGCAGCUUUAAAAGAGGAGCAGCGGCUAGGGGAAAUUUUACUGGAUGACACGGUGUCACCGUUUGGAACCGACCCGCUCUUGUCCUCCACAUCCCCAGCUGCAUCGAAAGAGAGCAGCAGGAGAAGCAGCUUUAGCACAGAUGAUGGAGAUGAUUUAUAA